AUGGCCAUAAGAAGCAUUUCCCUUGACCCAAAAGGAUUGGAGAUAUUGAAGGCGCUCAUCCAAGUCUUGAUUAAUGCAACAAUUGAGGAAGCGGGGGCGACAAUUGAUGAUCUUGACGAGGUCGAAAGAGGUGAUGCCCAUUUCAGUAAGCAAGUUGAGCUUGGAUUGGAGGUUAGCAAGGUCCAUGUUACGAAUAGAGGGUCGUCUGAGAAAAAUUCUGGAUAUAUUGUUGUCACUGCAACCCCAUCUUCUGAGAAUAUAUGUGUUAGAGAACACAGGUAG